AUGGAAGCUGAUGGUACUGAGAUUACUUGGACUUCGGUCAGAAUUGAAUUCCUAGAGAAGUAUUCCCCGGAUGAUAUGUUUAAUAAGAAAGAUAUUGAGUUCCUUGAGCUGAAACAAUUAAACAUGAUUGUUGAUGAGUACGUUGCUAAGUUUGAAGAGCUACUGAGAUUUUGUACACACUAUAAUGGCGUGUCGGUUGAAGGGUCAAAGUGCCUCAAGUUCGAAAGUGGCUUGCAUCCAAAAAUAAAAAAUUUCAUUGGUUAUAAAGAGAUUCAUCGAUUCUCUGUGCUAGUGAACAAGCACAUGAUAUAUGAUGAAGAUGACAGGGCUAUAUAUACUCACUACAAGAGUGUUAAUGAGAAUAAGAAUGAAAACAAGAGUCGUGGCAAGCCAUAUGCGAUUCUAAUUGCUAAAUAA